AUGUAAUAGGACAGUUCCUAUAAGAAUUUAUAAUAAGUUCUUCAAUUCUUACUUAAAAUCUUGUUGGAUGCAGAUGAAUUUACUUUCUUUAUUCAUCUAGAUAAGAAAUGGGAAAUUUAUUAAUUCUCUAAUAAUUCAAUUAAAGUUAUAACAUUUGAUGAAGCUUAGAGGAUAAUUGAUGAAUUAACUUACAUUCAUCAAUUAUGUAUUCAUAGAAUAGAUCUAAAAUAAAAAACAGUAUAAAUUGAAGAGACCUGUAAGUUACAUAUUAGAUCAUUUAAAUACAAGGGAAGUAUGAAGUUGUGUUAAGAAAAGUUAGCAUUUUAUAAAUAUUUUUUGAGAACAACAGAUUCUCUAUUAUUUGAUUUUAACAUAUAAGUUGAAUAGAUUUUGAGUAGAAUGAGUAGAUCAAUUUCAUAAUCAUUAAAUUAUUAAUUUCUUAUAAUAUUAAAUAGAAAUAUAAACUUUGAUCCUAAAGCAAUUUUAUUUAAUAAGAAUUCCUAAUCAGAUAUUAUUUUGAUUUUAAUCCUUUUUUUAAUUUUAUUCACAAUAUCCUUUAGAAUAAUGAAGCGAAUAUAUAUAUUAUACUUAAAAAUAGAAAAAAUUAAUAUUUUAGUAAUUUGA